CCAGUUUGAUCGCUACGGGCUCUUUCUAGUAUCCAUGCUAUUUCCUGCUGGGACAGAAAGCUUCCAGCGGUCUUCCUUCCUUUCUUUCUUUCUUUCCUUCGCUUUUCCCUCCCCUCCUUUUUCCCUCCGCUCCGCGUCGGCGUGAAGAAUUCCCUUUUUUCACUCGAUUUCCCCUUUUGGGGGAAAAAAAAAAACCCCAACCCCCCCCUCCCCACCGAUCGGUAUUUCUUGGGCGGGGGGCGCAAAGAAGGACCGCGCGCCCCCAAUUCCGCCUGCACAUCUCCCGGGGGCUGAGCUUUAGAUUAUUAUCAAUUAAUUUAGAUUGUUAUUAAUUUUUACCCCCUGCUCCCUCCCCCGGGCAUGUUUGGCUGGGCAGGAGGGUAAGGGGAGGGGGGCUUUUUUCCCCUCUUUUUUUCUCAGCGCUGCUGCUGACCCCCUCCGCCCGCCCCAGGCGAAGAGCUUCACCGGCGCCGGAAAGCCGUGGGUAGGCUGGCGGAGGGGGGCGGGGGGGGGAAACGAAGGAGCGCGGCUAAGCGGAUUUCUCUCCGUCUGGAUUGCAUUGCGGUGGUUCUUCCCAAGGUGGUGGUUGGGGGGUGGGGGUGGAGAGGAUCCUGCUUCCCCCUCACGCCCUGCCGGAUCUUACUUCGAUCCUCUUGGCGAGACGCCGAGAAAGAGAGAGAGAGAGAGAGAGCCAGCGCUGGAGGGAUGCGAUACCUUGAGGACUAGGAUGCUGGCGGCCUCUUUUUGUAAAACAAAAAAACAUCUGGAGACGGCGCUAGCCUUUCGAAGAGGGCUGCGAGGAAACGGUCGCUUCUCCCCUCGAGCGGCUUGAUUUUCUUGUCCGGCUCGCCUCCCUUCUCUCCUCGCUCCUCUUCCCCCCCACCCCCUCUUCGGGAUUGUGUCGCAUCGCACAGCAUCUUCCAAGCUGGAGCACCAUGGAGCUGGAGAACAUCGUAGCCAACACCGUUUUACUGAAAGCCAGAGAAGGAGGUGGAGGAAAACGGAAAGGAAGGAGCAAGAAAUGGAGAGAGAUCCUUAAGUUCCCCCACAUCAGCCAAUGCGAUGAGCUGCGGAAAGGGUUGGAACGAGAUUACAGCAGCUUGUGUGACAAGCAACCCAUCGGCCGACUGCUUUUUCGACAGUUUUGUGAGACCCGGCUGGAACUCUUACGGUGUAUCCACUUCCUGGAUGCUGUGGCAGAAUAUGAGCUUUCUCCAGAUGAGAAGCGCAAGGAAAUGGGAGAAGAGAUCAUGCGGCAGUUUUUCAACAAGGAGUCCCUGGGCUAUAUGGCAGAAAUUGGUGAACUUCUUGUGAACCAGUGCAUAGAAGACCUGCAGAGAAGCCCUUGCAGGGACCUCUUUGGCAGCUGUGUACAGCGCCUGCACGAAUACCUGAGUGGUGCCCCUUUCACAAAUUACCAGGACAGUAUGUAUUUUGACAGAUUCCUCCAGUGGAAAUACCUCGAGAGGCAAUCCGUGACCAAAGACACCUUCAGGCAAUACCGGAUUCUGGGCAAAGGAGGCUUCGGAGAGGUUUGUGCAUGCCAAGUGCGUGCUACAGGGAAGAUGUACGCUUGCAAAAAGCUGGAGAAGAAGCGCAUCAAAAAGCGGAAAGGGGAGGCGAUGGCUCUGAAUGAGAAGCAGAUCUUGGAGAAGGUCAACAGCCGAUUUGUGGUCAGUUUGGCUUAUGCCUAUGAAACAAAGGAUGCUCUGUGCCUGGUCCUCACAAUCAUGAAUGGAGGUGACCUGAAGUUUCACAUCUACAACAUGGGCAACCCGGGUUUUGACAAUGAGCGUGUCACCUUCUACGCUGCAGAGAUUUGCUGUGGUCUUGAACAUUUGCACCGAGAGGGCAUUAUUUACAGGGACCUGAAGCCAGAGAACAGUCUCCUGGAUGAUGAUGGGCAUAUACGGAUCUCAGAUCUGGGGCUGGCCAUUAAGAUCCCCGAAGGUGACACCAUCCGUGGCCGUGUAGGAACUGUGGGCUAUAUGGCUCCUGAAGUAAUUAACAAUGAGCGCUACUCCUUCAGCCCAGACUGGUGGGGGCUUGGCUGCCUCAUCUAUGAGAUGAUUGAGGGCCAGUCACCAUUCCGGGCCCGCAAGGAACGGGUGAAGAGAGAAGAGGUGGAAAAGCGGGUUCAGGAAGACCACGAACAGUAUUCAGACAAGUUCUCUGAAGAUGCCAAAGCCAUCUGCAAGUCGCUCCUAACUAAAGACGCCAAACAGCGGCUUGGAAGCAAAGGUGAGGGGGCCGUCCAGGUGAGGCAGCACCCAUUCUUCAGGACAAUCAAUUUCAAGCGACUGGAAGCUGGCAUUAUGAAGCCCUCCUUUGUGCCAGAUCCUCGGGCUGUGUACUGUAAGGACGUACUGGACAUUGAACAAUUCUCCACUGUGAAGGGCGUCAACUUAGACCAAACCGACAAUGACUUCUAUGCCAAAUUUGCCACCGGUUGUGUCCCAAUCCCCUGGCAGAACGAGAUGAUUGAGACAGAAUGCUUUAAGGAUCUCAACAUCUUUGGACCAAAUGGCACCCGAUCCCCGGAUCUGGACUGGAAGCAACUCCCUGACCCACCCAAGCGUACCCUCCUGCAACGGCUCUUCCGGCGUAACCCAAGUGACUUCACCAUCAGCACCAGUGUACAUUCCAACUUGUCGGCAGCCCCCUCGCCAGCUUGGUCCAUGGCACAGGCCCCCUCCUGACCUCUGGAACUAGGCCUCCUCCUUUGCCUUCUCAGGAUUGCCUUAGGCUGACACGUGGGAGUCCCCGUCUUGGGCCAGGCUCUGUGACUGCUGGGAACUGAAGGACCACAGCCUUCCAAUGGGCCAGAAGACCUUUGCCCCCUCCUGGUGCUGAUGUGGAUUGGGGACACGGAGACUCUUCUUGUUCAGAACCUUGGCUGCUACUCGUUGACAGGGUCUUCCUUCAUCUUUCUGUACUUUGACUGCACAGGGAGCAUCGACGGCUCUCCCCGUUCUGUUUGUCUCAUCACCUCCUGACCCAGCUUUCCUGGGAGAUCAACUGGGGAGAGGUACCCGAGAAGGAAGGAUUUAAAAACAGAAAGAACCACCAAUGAUAUCUGGAGAUGGCAGAGGUGAGGGCUGGAGCCUUCAACUGGAGAGAAUAAGAAAACACACAGCUUGGACACAGUUGCAAUGGGGAUGAUAAGAAAGACUCCCCACUCUCGCAUUGGCAUUUCCAGAGACUCACGGAUAAAUGUGUGUUGGUUUGUGUGUGGAUGUGUAUGGAACUUCUAACUCCUUGGAGUUCAUUCAGGGUUUUUUUCCAAGGAUCUCUCCCACCCUCACCAUCAGUUCUAGAGCCUGGGGCCAUUGGAAAGACAAAGAAGACAAAGAAAGUUGAAGAACAAUUGAUUGUCUUUCUUUUAGGACAUUCUUUCUUGGCUGAUCAUCCUCUAGCCUGCGCUGGACUGCCCAGCACCUGUCAUCCCUUAGCAAUACAGCCUUUAGACCAGAUGGUUGGGCAGGGUCAACUGGAAUCCAGGAAGCGUGGAAAUCCCCAGGUGCAGAACGCUGCUUUAGAGGCACUCAAUAUAGGAAAAGACAGAGAGAUGGAUGAUAUCUCAGCCUGCAGAAAGUCUUUCAGUGUUCCCAAACCCUGGCUUUGACCUCAACCUGCAGUGUUGAAGAUGUAUUUUUAAAAUCCUACAUAUUUUAGCUUUUAUUACAAUUGUUUCCAUA